GUUUCUUUUUUUUCCCUGAGGAGCAGGUGAAUUGUACAAGGAGCAGAUGAUGGAUUGAGAGGCGAAUUCACAGGGUAAUAUGUUUCCCUGUCUCCUGAAUUGCUAGUUCAGAUCCUAUUCUACGAUGUACUGCGGAAAGGGACCACAUGAUGCAUGUUAUUGAAAAUUGACACUGGUGCAUCUUGUGUUCUGCAUAUCUGAGCCUUGAUGGAAAGAAAUUAUAAUUCUUUGAGUUAGAACUAAACUGAGGUAUGAAUGGCUUUUUUUUUUUGGUUUUUCACGGUGGGGCAGCGCUCAGGUGUGUGUUGGGGGGAGGAGCAAGGGGAUGUAAGGAGGACUCUGUUUUUACAACCGUAGAGAUAAGUACUGGUAAGUAUGAAUCAAUCAUCGUCCUAUUUGUGUGCUAAAGCUUGGAAAGACAAGAUGAUGCAGAUGCAGUACAAACCGCUUACUACUCCAAAUAACAUGAUGCUGGGGCAGGAGCCUUGUGGAAGUUGGCCCACCCAAUUAACUGCACAGAAUUCUAGCCUAUCUGCCCACUAUCAGUCACAUAGGAGUAAAUAUAAGCAGCAGCUAGGGGGGCUAAAGAAGGAAGAAAAGCAGAUAGAGACCUGAAUCCUCAACUCAACUGCAAACAACUCUUUCUUACACAUAGCACAUACUAGGCACAUAGGAGUUACUAGAGAUACUACUAGGAGUAGUAGCAAUAGAGCAUCAACAUAGGAGGCAGCAUACCAAUGGAGAGCUUGUGUGGGCAGCUUGAGCAUGAACAUGAGCAGCAGCUGCACCAAUCCUCCUCAUCUUCACUUCUCCCCUACUGCUUCCUUUCUGCUCCAGAGCCUCUUCCUGUCCCAGGCUUCCCUGCCGGCUGCAGCAACCUUGAAGAGAAGGCAGCAGCAGCCAUGGCGGCCUAUGAGUAUGAGAGCAGCAGCUGCAGCUCCCUUGACCCCACCUCAAUGCCAAUGGUGUACUCACCAAUAGUGCUGCAGCCACAGGAGUGCCCUCUUUCCUUUGUCUUUGACAAUGCCGCUGCCGCUGCCGGCGACAACAAAUGGGUGCCUGGCAUUCAAGGAAGUUGCCCUUGUUCAUUGGGCUCAACUCAAGAUAUGGAUGCAAGUUGGGGCAAGAGUAGAAAGCACAAGAGGAGCAAUGUGGGCUUGAAGGGACUUGAGGAGAAAAAGGCAAGAAGGGUGGUACUACAUCAACAUGAUGAUGAUGUGAAGAAGAAGGCCAAGGAGGCAGCAGGUGGGGAGCCACCAGCUGGGUACAUUCAUGUGAGGGCAAGGAGAGGCCAAGCAACAGACAGCCACAGCCUUGCUGAGAGGGUGAGAAGGGAGAAGAUCAGUGAGAGGAUGAAGAUGCUGCAAAGCCUGGUUCCUGGUUGUGACAAGGUCACAGGGAAAGCCCUCAUGCUAGAUGAGAUCAUCAGCUAUGUGCAAUCUCUGCAGAACCAAGUUGAGUUUCUGUCCAUGAAGCUUGCCUCCCUUAGCCCUUUGAUGUAUGAGUUUGGACCGGGCAUUGAUAUGCACCCAGAUGUUCUUCGACAGCUUGCAAAGAUGCCACAUGAGAUGGUGCAGUGCAUGGGCCAAAUGGGGAGUACAGGCAUUUCACUCCAAGGACUAGGAGGAGGACCCACAGGCUUUGCUCAGGAUGGCAGCAGCCACAUUAACAUGGUGGUGAUGCAAGUUGGAGAGCAAGGCCAGCAGCAGGGCUCUCUUCACCAGGUCGAGAUGAGCAGCCACUGCUUCUUUCAUUAGUAGUAGAACCCAUGCAUAUUCUGACUAAUGCAGCUAUCUAGUAACAUUUGUACAAACUAGGAAUGGCCACGAAGCAGCAUCACAUAGAGGAGGAGAUGCCGAAUCAACAAGUGAAGUGAAGUGAGCAAGCUGAAGAAGAAGAGUGGGGCAAGCCGACAGAGUUGAACCUCCUGAAGAUCUCGCAAGGAUCCUUUGGUUGCUGGCUCAGCUGUACCAUCUCCUCCUGGGCUCCAAAAUCCACACUAUCGAUAUCUCUGCCUUCACCGUCACCAAGACUGCAUGCAGACAGUACCAAGACGAGGACAUGUACUGUUGCUCCUCCUGCGUUUCGCUUCAUUCAUUCAUCUGCUGCUGUGCUGUUCCUCCCCCUCUUCUGUGUGUUGCAUCUGUAGAUACUCUACUCCCUUUUCAUGUGUUUAAUACUCCAGAAAUGUGCAUGUGUGUGUGUGCAAUAUGCAUGCCUUGCAAAUGUGUACUUGAUGCUGCCAGCCUGAUCGAUAUGACUUGGCCUCCUGCCUCCA